AUGUGCCACUUGGUACCAAUACUUACGAGCCUGGAGAUGACAUGCCGGGACGGUGUAGAAGGAACGCUUUUUGAGAGAGGACAAUUAGCUAAUCAGCUUUUCAAUGCUAUUAUGCGUUUCUCGGAACUACACACGCUCAAACUAUGCACUACAACCUCAGAACCCUUCUUAGAUCAUGCAGGUCACUACGGAGGAUUGCGAAACCCCACAGCAUUGCCGAUUACCGCCUCUCUGUUGGAAAGCAUAACAGCGCACCACCCCCAUCUUAAAAUCUUGCACUUUUCGCUAGGGGGGAAAGGUGGCUGGAUUGAACCGACGUUCGUCGAAGCGGACAUCGAUGAUUCUGAUAUCGAACGGCUAGCCCGAAAUUUGCCUCGACUAUCAUCGUUUGAGUUCUGCGUUACGGCAGAGCGUAAAUCGAAGCUAUCUGCUGCGUCUUUGGUUGCACUAGGGACACAUUGCCGUGCCCUGGAACGCCUUUUAUUUAUUCCCAAUGUGGAUCUUCGCGCCUUGGACCACCUUAGAGAACGACCGUUAUUCCCGAACCUUACCAACUGGGAUGUAGGCUUCUCUGAAUCUUUCAGGGCCACGGAGGGGACUUCUCCCGCAAUCGCCUUCCUCGACUUCCACUGUCCACGAUUGCGAACCAUCGGUGGCCGCUACUUGGCACUCUCCCGCCGUCCAUGGGAGCUCGUAAAGUAUUUUACCGUCGGCCCUAAUUGUCUCAAUGGAUUUGACUUGCGCGAAGAAAUGUGGGACGAUGGUUAUGGGAGCUAUUAUUACAGCAUGCCGCGUGGGAGUACGCCUUCUGUGAUCGAAUCAGAGCCUUCGGUAUGGGGAAACGAGCUCUUCGAAUCCGACGAAGCGAGCACGGAUGAGGAGGAGCAAUCGUGCUCCUGCUCGGGCUCGGAAUGUGGAAGCGACUGUUCAGGAUAUGAUUCUGAGACCAGAGAUCGACGGUAG